AUGGCGGCAGAACCGUCAGCACCGGCUCAUCCCGGUCCCAGCUCCCAUCCCGGCCCACUUCACGACGACGACCAUUCCCAGCACCGCCUCCUAACGCCUGACACCACCACCACCACUACCGCCGCCUCCUCUUCUUCCAGCCGGCCCCCCAGCCCCCUGAUCAUCUGCUUCCACGGCUCCGGCGAGUCCUGCUCGCCGACCUGGGACGCGCUCGCCACCGCGCUCGCCGCGCAGACGCGCUGCCGCGUCCUGCUGUACGAGCGCGGGGCCGACAACCCGACGCCUGAAGUAUCAACACAGAAGCUGCGGGCUUACCUUCUGUCUGGUGCUUAUCUGCCCCCUCUCUCACAUGAUAAACGGCAAGAAGAAGCAAAAGCAAAAGCAGCAGGAGUAGCACGCACGAAACGGGGAAAACGGGAAGGCAAAGAAGGUUAUAGUGACCUGCAAUGCCCGUAUAUUUUGGUGGCGCAUUCGUACGGCGGAGCCUUUGCGCGCCUGUUCCUGCAGCAAGAACGAAAGAACGUGGUUGGCGUCGUCCUGGUGGAGACGGGACAGGAGGGCGGGCUGGACGCGCGGGUCGACGAGGUGCAGCUUCGGCGCUGUGUGCUGGGCGACAGGCCGCUGGUCGUGGUUCGGGGGAAUAGUCUGAUUGGGAAGUGGAGGGGGUUGGAGGAGCGGGAGAGGAUGAUGGGUGCUGAGGCGGAACCUGGCAAAGGUGAUAAAGUUGCGGAUGGACUACGACAGCAACUCCAAGCCCAGCGUCAGAUGUUGCAGCUGUGCGAUGCCGAGGACGAGCGGCUGAAGAAGCGGCAGUUGGGGCUUUCGCGGAAGAACAAGUACGUGCACUUGGAAGGUGUGGGCCAUCAUGUAAUCCGGGAUCGUCCUGAUACGGUAGUUGAGGCCGUGCAGUGGGUGUUGGAGAAUAUGGACCUUAAGGAGACAACGGAGGGUCUUUGGGCUAUGGCCCGGAGGAGGUUUAAGGGUUUGGGGAGGCAGUGA